AUGUCCGACAACGAGGAGAAUUCUGAGCAGCCUCCGGAGGGAGAGAAUGACUCGUCGGAAGACUGCGUCCCCUCGUACAGUGAGAGAGUCCCCUUCUAUCUUGACCCCGCAGUGGCCGACCAUCUAGUCGCCCACCAGGAUUACACCAGAGCCCCCCUGUUCGACCCGUACUGGGAAGAGGAUGAGGACAGCGCCCGCCGCCGGGGACAGAGAUACUGCAAACACGAUGUGAUGGUUCGCGAGUACGCUAUCGACGAGUACGAGACGUGUGAGUCGUGUGGUCGAGUCCCCGCGCUGCGAUGGUUCUAUCGUUGCGACGUGGACAACUCUGGUUUUUCGCAUCAGAUGGAGCCCGGCCACGAGCCGGUGCUGAGUCCUGCCAUCUCGAACGCCAUCGACGCGGGCCAUUACACUCCCUUGCAGACGAAAAGUGUUCGGUUCCAGAAAGAAAGAGUUGUGCAGGUGGCCGCGGCCGACAACGACAUGCCGGUUCCGCAGUUCGAAACUGGGGAGGUCAUAGAGGGGAUCGAGCAAGAUGACGAGGAUGACUACGAGAACCCUCAGGUUGACUUUGUUGAGGAUAUCGCCCAAGAAUUUCUCGCUUCUUCCGCGACUGAGUCUUCGAUCGUGUCGCUUUGUCCACCAGGCCCUCGACCCCAGUGCAGCUACCGGGCUUGUCAUCAUUGUUCCUCUCGGUACCAGGAAAAGGCCUGGGCAAGUCUUGACGAGGUCCUCAAUGAUAAGGCGGUCGAUGCUCCAACUGCGUGGGACCUACGACAGCUGUCUGUUUCCGAUGUUAGGGUUGUUCGCACCCUGGGCACCCGUCCAGCGUAUGAUCCCUACGAUAGCGGCUCCCCCUCGCCUGUUGAUAUAUCCGUUAGCUCGCAUCCUCCAUCUUUUGACUCGUCCGACGACUCUUGCCCUUCGUCUGUCGAGCCAUCUCCCUCGGUGAAUGAAUCGUGCAUUGACACUCCGCCCUCGCCUGUUCAGUCUUCUCCCGUCACCCAGGAGGAGUGGAGGUCUUCUCAUCCCCCUGGUCUGGAUGCGGGUUCGUCGGAAGAGCCGUCGCAGGAAGAAGGCAAGAGCUCUGAGUCCCUUGGCUCUGAUUUGUCUGGUCCAUCCGUCGAGCCCUCGCGUGGUGAUGGGGAACACAAGAGCUCCCAGACCCCUGAUCCGCCUGCUAGUUCGUUUGUCGGGGCUUCGCAUAUCGAACUGGAGAGCUUUCAGCCUCCUGACUUGCCUGAAACCUCGUCUGCCGGGCCCUCGCAGGAUGAGUGCAAGAGCUCUGGAUCCCCCGAUUCGCCUGCUACUUCGUCAUCCGAAUCCUCACAGAAUGAGAGUCAGAUCUCUCACCCCCCUGCACUGCCUGCGAGCUCGUCGGUCGGGGCCUCACACACCGAACUAGAGAGUUUCCAACCCCCCGACCUGCCUGAGAGUCCGUCGUCCGGGUCUUCACUGGAUGAGCGUGAGGUUUUUCCCCCGUCUGACCCCGACUUGCCUGAGAGUUCGCCAGCCAGGCCCUGGUAUGAGGAAUGGAUGAGCUAUCGCUCAUAUGAUUCGGACUCGGAUGCAAGCUCGUCGGACGAGGCCUCGGAGUAUGAGCUGGAGAGCCUUCACUGUCCUGACCACGAUCUGCCUGGUAGCUCAUCAGCCUGGCCCUCGCCUUACGAUUAUGACGACGACGAUUCAAAAAGCUCUUACUCGCAGGACGAAUUGGAGAGCUUCCCCCUUGACCAUGACGCACCUGACAACAAUAAUGAUGACUCCGACUCCGACUCCGACUCGAAGAGCUCCUACUCACAGGAUGGAAUGGACUCUCAGUCCCCCACCCCCGACCAAAGCGAGUAUAUCCCGAUAUACUAUGAAGGGGACACCUUCUCCACCACCACCACCACCACCACCAGCCGCGGCGACGGUGAAGCGUCCACGAGCGAGGAAUAUUAUUAUCGAAGGUACCUUCCUCCCUCCGCACCCCAGAGUGAAGCCUCCAGUUCGUGUGACGAUACCCCGGGACCCAUCCAAGGGUUCAUCCACAGAUACAUAUUAGCGCCGCUUGCUGAAUUCUUCGCGUCACACUGUAGCUUCGUCGGAUCCAUCGCCGGACUAUUCCGUCGGCCUCCUCCCGCGCCAUCUCCCCCUCCGCACCAAUUCAUCCCGGAUUGGCUGACCCAGCAGGCUGGAGCGGCGCCCGAAGACCCCCCCGACAACGCGCAGCCCUGCGUCGCCUCCCCCCCUUUCGAUCCCAUCCUUACGAUUACAUCCGCGCUAGAAAUAGCAUCUACCGCCAUCCUAAAUACCGUCCCCCUAGGACUGAGGAGGAGAGGGAGAGGGUGAGGAGGAAGGUUCCCCUGUGCACCGUGUUUGAGACUUGGCCUGGGGAGGAGUAUGAUACCGAUGGGGAUGUGUAUGAAGAUGAGGAUGGGGUUUAUGAACUGACGAGGGGACAGCCUCGCGAUGGAGAUGACAGUAGUGAUGGAGGCGAAGAUGGCGCGGCGGUGAAUUAAAAGUGACAGUGACG